GAUUUCCAUUCUUUUGAGCACUUUCCAUAGCUUGACAGAUUCGACACAAUGAGAGGUUGUAUAACCGACGAAAGGCAACGCGACUGUCUUUCGGGCAUUCUUUGGCAUUCUUCAAUUAUCCAGCGUUGUGAUUAUCCUUAGAGUUGCAAGGACGGAGUAAAACUGAUGUAUUGUAACUUUCUUAAGAGGCAUCAAAGACGGCAAGCAUUACCAAAAAAGCAAAGCAGUUGAACUCCCUGCUGUCUCCGCUGAAAAAUAGGAAGUAAGUCGAGAACCAGCCUGAAAAUUGGAACUCGACGGCGCCUUUCUCCGGCUAGGGCAGCGCCGCUUCCGGGAUGGGGGAGGAUACCGAGGCGCCGCUCGGGCCGUGCCUCUCGGUGGCAGCAUUCCGCGCCGGAAGUGAGUAAUCGGCGUCGGAAAAGCCGCGGAUGCCGGGGGGUUUGGGGCGGUGUGGGUUGUGGGCCAUGCUGGCGGGCCCCGGGACGUGCGGGCGGCCGCUGCCUGUCUGCGCGGGUUCCGAACGGCGCGUCUGCCUGGCCGGGGGUGAGGGCCAGGCGGCGUGGGCUGCGGCGGCUCUACGCGAGGGCGGGCUAGUGGCGGUGCCCACCGACACGGUUUACGGCGUGGCCUGCUUGGCACAAAACUCCGCGGCCGUCGAGGCCCUGUACCGGCUGAAGGGGCGCCCCGCUGAUAAGCCGUUGGCCAUCUGCCUGGGCGACGUCGAGCAGGUGCACAGGUACUGCCGCGUCCCGGUGCCCGAAGAGGUGCUGCGUGAUCUCCUGCCCGGUCCCGUGACGUUGGUGCUGCCGCGCUCGGACGCCCUCAACGCGGAUUUGAACCCCUUCACACCACUGGUGGGCGUCCGGAUCCCCAAUCACCACUUCGUCAGGGAGUUGGCCAGGAUCUGUGACGGUCCUUUGGCUUUAACCAGUGCCAACGUCAGCGAGAGGGCGAGCAGCCUCACCGUCAUGGAAUUCCAGGAGCUUUGGCCUCAUCUUUCACUGGUCAUCGAUGGGGGUCCAACUGGGGAUUCUCUUAGUCCUGAGUGUCGGCUAGGCUCAACUGUGGUUGACCUCUCCAUCUCUGGAAAAUACAGGGUUAUUCGACCAGGAUGUGCACUUAUUCAAACUGUUGAAGUCUUGGCAUCCAAAUAUGGAUUGAGAGCUGUGGUGUCUGGAGACUGAAAUAUUGAACCUUGGGGACACUGGAGUGCUGUCAGGCUUUUCCAAGCCAAGAAAACAAAAUGUUUAUGUGAUCAUUAUGAUUUCAAAGAGACUCUGCCUUAGCAUCCUUGAUGUUGUUGCAGCUUCAGAAAUUGUCCAAUUUGUGACUUUGAGGACUGUUGCCAAAUGGCUGGAUUUUCUUUAAGACUUAAAAGUGCAGCUAUUUCUGAUUUCCUGAAACAUUUCUGCCAUCUGGUUUGUCACACAGACUAAAUAACUUUUCCUACUCUGUAUAAAGAAGCAAGCUUAUGUGAACUGAAAACGGAUCUUGCAAGGGAUUAUUUGAACAUUUGGACAUGAAUCUUUGAGUUGAACACAUUGAAUAAUGUAGGAGGGUUGAAUAUAGAACUAAAUAAAUGGGUGUGGCUAUCUGUA